AUGAAGUUGGUGAAAGGCACUCCUAGUCACCUCUACUACCUGAAGAUCCAGGUGCAGCAAAGGAUCCAGGAGCACCCCAUGGCUGUGAACCUACAUGACAUGGGAAGGCUGGACCCCAUCAAUAUCCUAAUCCCUCCAAGUCCCAAUCCGUACAAGUCAAGUGGUCUGCCCACCACCAUCCCCUCUAUCUUUUCUGGAUUCAGUUUCAACUGGUUCACCCUUAUCUGGUUCCCAACUGAAGCCAGUGGGUCCAGGGUCAGAAGAAAAGAAGUGGCAGAGCUAGGUGUCAUCAGCAUACUGAUGUUUGUCAAGGUUCCAUGUACCAUCCAUCCUGGAGUUAUAUUCGAUGUCAUGAUCAACAAGUGGAAGCUAUCUGCUCCCAAUUUAGUUGUGUCUCUAGUUGGAGAGGAAGAAGACUUUCAGAUGAAACCUUGGUUGCGGGACACCUUAAGAAAAGGACUCGUAAAGGCAGCUCAAAGCACAGGUGCCUGGAUCUUUACCAGUGCUUUACGUGUUGGAAUAACAAGACACAUAGGGCAAGCAGUUAGAGAUCAUGCAUUGGCUAGUACUUCAUCCAAAGUAAAAGUGAUUGCAAUUGGAAUAACCUCACUGGAAAAAAUUCAGCACAGAGAAAUUCUGGACAGUGCAAAGAAUGACAGUCCUGUACACUAUAAAUCAGAUGAUAACAGCCAAGGACCACUGUAUUCCCUUGACAACAAUCACUCCCAUUUUAUUUUGGUGGAUCAGAUAGACCCAGAUGAGCCAGAUGGAACAACUAAACUACGGCUCACCUUGGAGAAACAUAUUUCAGAACAGCGCACUGGGUACGGAGGAACAGGUAGCAUUGAAAUCCCUGUGCUUUGUUUACUAGUAAACGGAGGACCAAAUACACUUGAGAGAAUUUGCAGGGGCUUGGAAAACUCUGCUCCCUGGCUCAUCUUAGCAGGAUCUGGGGGGACAGCUGACAUCUUAGCUGCAUUAGUGAAUGAGCCGCAGCUUAUUGUGCCACAAGUGGUCAAAAAGCAGUUCAAAGAAAAAUUUCCUUCAGAGAACUUUUUAUGGAAAGAUAUUCGCCAGUGGACAGCAACAAUUCAGAACAUUAUUUCCCAGCAACAUCUUUUAACAGUUCAUGACUUUGAGCAAGAAGGUUCAGAAGAAUUAGACACAGUCAUUUUGAAAGCUUUGGUUAAAGCCUGUAAAAGCCACAGUCAGGAAGCCCAGGAAUAUCUGGAUGAACUGAAGCUGGCGGUGGCAUGGAAUAGAGUGGACAUAGCUAAAAGUGAAAUAUUCAAUGGAGAUGUGGAAUGGAAGUCCUGUGACCUGGAGGAGGUGAUGAUGGAUGCUCUGGUGAAUGAUAAACCAGAAUUUGUCAAGUUAUUUAUCGACAACGGGGCCAACAUGUACGACUUCCUCACAUAUAGCCGGCUUCAGAGGCUCUACUGCUCCAUUUCUCAGAAAAGUCUCCUCUACUCACUUCUGCUGAAGAAGCAUGAGGAAAGCAAAUUGACUUUGGCAGGACUCAGUGGGCAACAACACAGAGAAGUGAAGGAGACCUGCCCACUCUUUACCCUCAAUGAAGUUUCUAGAGUUCUCAAAGACUUUCUUCAUGAUGCCUGCAAAGGUUUCUACCAAGAAGCCAAGCAAGGAAGCAAGAAGAAAUAUGAUAAAACAAAUGCAAAACGACUACUGGGGCUCCUGGAUAUGAAUCAGAAAAGUGAGAAUCCUUGGAGGGAUUUAUUUUUAUGGGCAGUACUUCAAAACCGCCACAAGAUGGCAAAGUUCUUCUGGGCUACGGGACAGGAAGGUGUAGCUGCAGCUUUGGCAGCUUGUAAGAUUGUUAAAGAGAUGUCCCGACUGGAGACAGAGACCGAAGUAGCUCGUAUAAUGAAAGAGGCUAAGUAUGAGCAGCUCGCUGUGGAGCUAUUCAGCGAAUGUUAUCACAACAGCGAAGACCGAGCUUUUGCUUUACUGGUGAGAAGAAACCAGUACUGGAGCAAAACCACAUGCCUCCACUUAGCUACAGAAGCAGAUGCCAAGACUUUUUUUGCACAUGAUGGUGUCCAGGCUUUCUUGACAAAAAUAUGGUGGGGAGACAUGUCAACAAGCACACAGAUCUUGAAGUUAAUCUGUGGAUUCUGGUGUCCUCUUUUAAUCUACACAAAUGUAAUAGCAUUCAGUGAAGAAAAACAAUCAAAGAAUGAGCCAGAGCCAUUUAGAGAGCUGGACAGCCUAGACACAGAAAGAACUUUGCUUUUUUCCAUGGAGGGAGAUAGGGGAGAUGGUAUAUUGGAGAAGCAGAGUCCUUCUGAAAAUGUAGCGUGGGCAACGUUCAUGUUUACACGAUGGGAAAAAUUUUGGACUGCCCCUGUGACAGUAUUUAUGGGGAAUGUGAUCAUGUAUUUUGCUUUUCUGUUUCUAUUUACUUAUGUCCUUUUACUGGACUUCAAGCCACCCCCCCCUGAGGGGCCAUCUGCCAACGAGAUUAUACUUUACUUCUGGGUUUUCACAUUGGUUCUGGAAGAAAUCCGACAGAGCUUCUUUACAGAUGAAGAUACCAAUUUAAUGAAGAAGUUCAAGCUAUAUGUAGAAGAUAAUUGGAACAAGUGUGAUAUGGUGACCAUCUUUCUGUUUAUAAUUGGAGUGACCUGCAGAAUGCUGAACUCAACGUUUCAAGCUGGCCGUACAAUACUUGCUAUUGAUUUCAUGGUAUUUGCACUUAGGCUUAUACAUAUUUUUGCUAUUCACAAGCAACUGGGGCCAAAGAUCAUAAUUGUGGAAAGAAUGAUGAAGGAUGUUUUCUUCUUUCUCUUUUUCCUGAGCGUGUGGCUCAUUGCCUAUGGUGUGACAACUCAAGCCUUGCUUCAUCCUGAUGACAGCCGAGUAGAAUGGAUAUUCAGAAGGGUGCUCUAUCGUCCUUACCUUCAGAUAUUUGGGCAGAUUCCACUGGAUGAAAUAGACACAUCUCGUAUGCGCUCUGGGAACUGUUCAUUUAACCCACUGAAGAUUAUGCAGGAGAAUUCACCAUCAUGUCCUAAUAGCUAUGCCAACUGGCUGGUCAUAUUGCUCUUGGUCAUUUUCUUGCUAGUCACCAAUGUGCUCCUUAUGAAUCUACUGAUUGCUAUGUUCAGUUACACUUUUCAAGUUGUUCAAGGCAAUGCAGACAUCUUCUGGAAAUUUCAGCGUUACAACCUGAUUGUCGAAUACCAUGGACGACCUGCCUUAGCCCCACCAUUUAUCAUCAUUAGCCACAUGAAUAUGAUUCUUAGAAGAAUCUUUAAAAAGACAGAACACAAGAAGGAACAUCUGGAAAGAGAUCUGCCAGAUGGCCUGGAUCAAAAAAUCAUAACGUGGGAACUGGUACAAAAAGAAAACUAUCUUGCAAACUUGGAACAAAUGACAAAAGAAAGCAAUGAAGAAAGGCUAAAGAAAACCUCUAACAAGGUGGACAGUCUGUCCAACUAUUUUAGUGGAUUGAAAGAGCAAGAGAAGCGGUUCAAAUCUCUGGAAUCACAGAUUAACUACUGUACGCUCGUUAUUUCUUCAAUGGCAGACACUUUAACCAAAAGUAACCUACUGAGCAACACGCUGACUCCAAGCUAUACAAGUUUGACGAAUACCGACAUUAAUCAAAUACCCCUACUGGCGAGAAAUGAAGGUGACGAGCAUGCAGAACAGUUUGAAAGUGACAUAAUGUACAUCGAUAGCUAAAUGUAGUUCCCAUUUCAUCAAAUUAAAUGGUUUGCCAUACUAAAAUACUUCUGGGUGAGAGCCUUGCCCCGCUGACAUCCAUAACAAAGCUCCUAUUUGUUGUCAGUGGGAUAAAUUUCCUAUUCGUGUUUUUGCCUAUUACACCUCUUUACUUACUUUGUACUGUAUUUAUUUUUUACAUCACUGUGCCACUGAUCCCCUGCCCUUUUUCUCCAUUCUGUUGCUCUCUUUGCCCAUGUUGCCUCCAGAAAUGUAUCUGCUUUUUUUUAAAAACACCUCUAAUAUUAUGACUUUUCACUUGUCUGCCCGUUUUAAGCCUACUGUACAUGUUACAUUUAUAAACAGCACGUUAAUUGCAGCAUAAAUGGCAAGGGUACUAUACAUGCACUCAAUUUAAGGUACCAAAAAUGGCAAGCCAGCCACACACAUUUGCCACAUUCAAUACAAAACAUUUCUAUGGCUGGUUUGUGUGACACCUUAAACUUAAGAUGGCUAGGGCCAACAAUGAGUUUACUGCUGGUCCCAGACUGCAUGGGGGUCUAGAAUCAAUCCUAGCCCCAGCCCAAGGCUACAGGGGUAGCAGAGGAUGUGGGGGGAAGAGGAAACAAAGAACUUCCCUGCUGGAGACUUUAAAACCCAUACCUGGUGCCUCUGUCCAAGCUGCUGGGCAUGAGGAAUCAGAGGCUCCCGAUGGGGGAACCAAAGAGCUUCUCUACUGGGGGCUUUAAACCCCUUACCCAGAAGCUCUGGAAAAGGUUUUCUUUGACACUAUAGGAUUUGAACCCCAAUCCCAACAAUUGCACUUCCUGCCAUGCCACAUGGGCAUGGUAGGAUGCAUGAUUUUGGCAUAAGGGAUCAGUUCACAAUUGCUCUGGAGAACUGCUGGGCACAGGUUUUAAAAUCCCUUUGGCUCCCCCACCAAGAGCCUCUGCUCCCCUGCACCCUAGCCAGAGUUGCUGGGUGCAGCGUUUUAACAAUCAGCUGCUUGUCCAGGGGCUGGGGCCAGCAACCCAAAGUGGUCUGGGCCCUAGUCCCUGGAUAACCCUUGAUCUCAAGCCCUCUCAAGAGCCAAGGCUGUCCAGCUGGGGCCGACAAUCAGCUGAUUGUCCAUCCCAUCUGCAGGGCUAGGCACCUGGCUUUCAAUUUGGGAAGUAGUAAUGGCACAAUUUGGAUCUGAUCCCCAAACUGCACAUCCUGCCAUGCAUGUAUGGCAUGGCAGGUGAGAUUGUUGGGAUCACAGAUCAGAUCACAUAGUGCCAUUGAAUGAACAUGUGCCAGGGGCCUUAGAUGUCUCUCCUUUUGCCCUGUAACUAUGCUUUGCAUAAAUCUAUGGAUUCUCCACAAGUUGCCCAAAAAGUCUCUCCUGCCAAUGCAUGCACUCUAAUAAGACCUGAUCCUAUAAAACCAACUUGCUCCACCCUCUUUUCAUUGAACUUUCCUCUUGCAGCAUCUUUUAUCCCUCUUCCUCCCUCCUAGCCAACCUAAUCUUAAUAAUUUCUUCUGCCAUAAAGGGUGCAGACAGAAGUGACAAUUUUUGCCCAAUUUGGCCACAGAAAACAGUUUACAGCUUUAAUCAAACACAAGUGCAUGGAUGCAGACAGCUUAAAAAAUGGCUGAUUGGGUGAAAAUCUGACCCCUCAUUGGAUGAUGCAUCAGCUAAAGACAUUUCAAAAUGCAGAUACAAGUAGCAUCUUUUGGAACUUGUGUCUGCAGAGCUCCCAGCCUGUCACUGGUUUCAGAACGGGAGUGGGGAAAGGGAGCGGGGAAAGGGAGCAGAGGGAGUUCAGUCUGGGGGGUUUUCAGCACCCUCUUGGACUGUGGGGCAGGUGUUGGAGCCCCACCCCACAGUGAGGGAGGGAGUGGGGCAGGGGCUGGGGGCACUGCCCAGACAGGGCAGUGCAUGGGGCUGGGACAGAGACCAGGACAGAACCACAGGCAGCUCAUCCAGGGGAUAAGGGGCAUGUGACCCCCAGAUUUGUGCAUGGGGCAGGGACGGAUGCAGACUGACUGCUGCAUGCUCAAGGCUCCCCACCCUGUUGCCCUGCCCCUGUGGGUCCCAUGCUGAGUGUGCCACCAUGGUGAGGCACCCCCUGCCCACCCGGCAGCAGCGGGGGCUGUGACGUGGAGUUAUGCCCCCUGCUGCUGCUGGGCAGGCAGGGGGCACAUGGCCAGAGCAGAAUCCCCAAGGGAAAGGCAGCAGAGCAGGGAGCCCCAAGGCCACAGAGGGCAGCACACAUCCACUCCACUCAGCUCUGGUCCGGCCAUGCCAGCAGCGAA